UAAAGAAGUAGGUGAAUCUCUCUGUCUGAAACACAAAAAGAAGAAGAAGAAGAAAAAGAGUACUUUGUUGAAAUGGAGUACUCACAAGUAUCAACUGAUGAUGGGGAGGCGGAGGUGAAAGAGAAGAGAGGUGUUUCCUAUAAUUUCUACUUACACCCAUGCUACUUCCUUGAAGAAGCAGUUAGGGCCUUUUUCAAGUGUUUGGGUAUUGAGAAUAGAGCACAGGAGGAAAAAGAUAAUGGGGAAAAAGGCACUGAAACAAACCCUAAUAAAAUUUCUCCUUCAACCUCCCAAGUAGAGCUACAAGAUGAUGCUGCAGAUCCAUCAGUCACAGCAACAGACACAACAGAAGCUGAUCCAGCUCCAUCUUCAACUAUUACACAAACCUCUGAAGUUGCUGUAAGCUUCAGGGUUGUUAGACCACCAAUAACCAGGGGGGGAGGUGGGCAGAUCAAUUAAUAGGCUUACGAUGUGGGUCAACAGGCCUAUUAAUGACAUAUCUAUAGGUUACCUCUCUUCUUUUUUGCCCACUUUUUCCUCUUUAUUUUCUCCAUCUGUUUUUGUAUGCUUUUGAGUUUGUAU